UAACUUUAAAGAGUAUUUUAUUUUUGGUAAUAAAGUGUAACAUCGUGAAUCUUCGAUCAGCUCGGUGCCCAAAAUUCCUGCUCCCUUGCCCGAUCGAGAAUCUUCGAUCACCAAUGUCCAUGGAAAAUCACUCAACAGGAGUCUGGGCGGCUUGGAUUCUGCUCCUCAUCGGAGCUUCCAAUGCCUCGAUCCACGACUACAAGAAGGAAAAGUUCAUCCCGCAAGCCAAUGCUCGAUUCUUCCAUGGCGGCAGCGAAGGUCUCUACGCUUCCAACUCUCAAGACCUAAACACCUCUUCUUCUUCUCCCGAUAUAUCUCUUAAAGGAAAGUCGUUUAUAAGGUUUGCUGACGUAACCUUCGUGAGGACGAUGGAAUCCGCUAGCAAACAGAACCCAAUGCAGUCGACCGCAGGUCUGGUCGAAGCGAUACUACUCGAGGUGAAAGACCGUGAUCGAAUCGGUGGAUCUUUUCUCAAGAGCAAUGCUAUUUGCUGCACUCCUGAUCUUGCUGAUGCUGGCUCUUGCACUCUCGGCGAAGUUAUUAUUAAAAGAGAUUCUAAUGAUGAUAAGUGGCCGAGACAGAUCAAGACUUUCUUUAAAGGGAACAAGACGGAAGCUGCUAUGCUUCCGGAGACCGUGGUGAUAAACAAAACAGGGAUGUACUAUCUUUACUUCGUGAUAUGCGACCCGGGGCUGGACGGGACUGUUAUCAGAGGGAGAACGGUUUGGAAGAACCCUGACGGUUAUUUGCCGGGAAAAGUGGCUCCUUUGAUGAAGUUUUUCGGUUUCAUGUCUUUGGCUUAUCUCUUGCUCGGCCUCCUUUGGUUUCUGAGGUUUGUUAAGUUCUGGAAGGAUAUCAUUCAGCUGCACUAUCAUAUCACUUUGGUUAUCGCUCUGGGGAUGUGUGAGAUGGCUGUUAGGUACUUUGAGUACGCUAAUUUCGACUCCACUGGGAUGAGACCGAUGGAUGUUACUCUGUGGGCGGUGACGUUUUCUUCCAUUAAGAAGACGCUUUCGAGGCUUCUUCUUUUGGUUGUCUCUAUGGGUUUUGGGGUGGUGAAGCCUACACUUGGUGGGAUAACCUCGAGGGUGCUUCUUCUUGGAGUCGUAUAUUUUGUUGCAACGGAGGCUCUUGAGUUGGUUGAGCAUUUGGGAAACAUUAAUGACUUUUCUGGAAAGACAUUGAUAUAUUUGGUGAUUCCAGUGGCGAUAUUGGAUGCUUGCUUUAUUCUGUGGAUUUUCUCAUCAUUGGCAAGAACCCUUGAGAAACUUCAGAUUAAGAGAAACAUGGCUAAGCUUGAGCUUUAUAGGAAUUUCACCAACUCGCUCGCUGUCUCUAUUCUGCUCUCUAUUGCUUGGAUUGGUUUUGAGCUUUACUUCAACGCAAGUGACCCUUUAAGCGAACUCUGGCGAAUGGCGUGGAUCAUUCCAGCGUUUUGGAAUCUACUAUCUUAUGGCCUAUUAGCAGUCAUAUGCAUCCUUUGGGCUCCAUCCAACAAUCCUACCAGGUAUUCAUACUUAGCAGAAACAGGGGACGAGUUUGAAGAGGAAGGUAUAUCGUUGACGAGUGGUGGAAUUAAGAUUACAGGCGAUGUUGAAAGGAAUGAGCUUCUGUACGGGCUUGCAGACGAGGUUGAGGAGGACAAACGUGAGUAAACUUCAGGUAGUAGCCUAUAUCUAACGAGUCUUUGCAUCCUAGUUUGUAACCUUUAUGUAAAUCCUUAAACCUUUGUGCCUGAGUAAGUUGUUUUAUGACCCUUAAGGACUCUUAUUUACUCACAUCAAAGUUCUUGUUGUCUUACUUGUUUACUACAAGGACAAAAGUUCCAUUGAAUAUCUUCUGCUAUA